CCAUAUGUUGCGUCACCGCCAGCUGUGUGGAUUCAUGGAAUAAAGAUCCCGAUUCACUUCUGUCACAUGAAUCCAUAUGCUGUUUACUUUACAGGACGUGCAGAAUACAUAUAACUGGACUGUUUUCAUCGACAAACACUAGGUUUGGCGCGUGGAGCGACCCAUGCCUCUGCGUUUCUGUGUCGUGUCGACUCUUGUUUAAGGAUUUAGACGGACUGAAUCAUCCUCUGUGGGUUGUUUUGUCGGUAAAAGAAGCUGAAAUGUCGAUUGAAAAACAAAGCGUGUCCGAGGAAAACCUUCAGGGUUCCUGGGUGGAGCUGCAUUUUAAUAAUGGAGGCGGCAGCACUCCUAAAGGAGGUUCGGAGGAACAGUCUGCCAGCACUGCCCCAAGCGGAGACCUGGAGAAGAUGCUGCUGGAUGCUCAGCACGAGUCGGGCAGGAGCAGCUCAAGAGGAAGCCUGCCAUGUGAGAGUCCUCCAAGAUCUCGGACUCCUUCGCACUUGAGCAGGGGCUCCGAGGUCCACAGCUCUGGAGAAAAGAACAGCUCACAGUCAGAGGAAGACUAUUUGGAGAGGAGAAGAGAGGUGGAGAUCCUGAUGAAGAAAAAUGCAGACUGGAUCUGGGACUGGUCGAGUCGACCGGAAAACCUGCCACCCAAGGUGUACAUCGGAAGGCGCUUUACUACUGCUGGCACCUUUUGAGGGAGCAGGAAAAGCCAAGAAACGAGACAAAUCUCAUAUACGCACAUCCACCAUCUCAGCUGCUUUGUCGUGAAUCUGUGCUUGUGUAGACGCAGAUAGGACGAGGUAAUGCGACAUUUCCUCUCCCCGGCUGUGGGCCACUCUGCCUCGCUUCCCCCUUGUGUAUUCCACUGGCCUUUCCCAUAGUUCCUCUCCCAUAAUGCCAGUCCAUUUUAGGGCCAUCAGCACAGAGAAGGCCAUGCUAGACUUGAUAGAACUAGAUGUACUGCAUCCUCAUUUUGCAUUUACUCACACCAAGACUACUGAGAAUAUUAUGAGGAUCAUAAAACAAGAGAUGGGAAAGAAAUAGGGGAAUAAAACUUGAUCCAGAGACGUGGUACCUGAAACUGCGAAUUGGGAAGAGAUUUAACUAUCUACCCCUUAACAAAACAGGAAUUUUACGUAUAUCUCAACAUUUGAUGAUAUAAUAUAGGACUUGUUUUACCUUGUCACCAUUUCUCUGUAUCUUGACGUUGCAUCUGUAUUGAUGAGGUUUCAGACUCCAAAAACGGACCUUUGCUUUGGGAAUCAAGCUGUUCACAGUAUUAUACAACUGCAAUGGUCUUUAGUAAAUACUAGCCAAAAAGCCGAGUACCAUAUCAACACUUUUCUGAAUGUCAGUCACAAAUAAAUGUCCAAUAUACUUCAAGCCUAACUUGAGAAAUUGCUGAAUUAAGUUUGCCUUUAGUGCUCACCUGAAUUGCAAUCACAGAUGUUCUUCGUUUAUCUGAAGGGUCCGGGUUCCAGCCCAAAGAUUGCCUUAAAUAAAACUGUUAAUGAAUCAGGCAGGAGUAAAAGGGAAAUUGUGUAAAUUUGUGCAUGUUUUGUAGUCUUUAAAAAUCGUAUUCAGUGUGUGUGUCAAUUUCAUAGUGGUUUUGUAUCAACAGAGGGAAUCAGCAAAUAAAUGUCUGCCAACUGUAACACUUCCCUUGGAAUCUGUCUUAAUAUUGCAGGAGAUAUA